UGACCCGACACGGCACAAGGCAAUCUGGGCCGGUCAGGUCAUCGAGGGGGAUUAAGAAUUAGUAGGGUUCAAGCCACGCAUAUAAGCCCGCCAGGUCUCUCUCUCGGCGAAGCUCCAGUUCGCUUCGCUUGUUCAGUUGGUAGCUAAAGCAGUCUGUCUCUCUAUCUGCGUUCAAUUUUGUUCUUUGUCUCUCAAGAAGUAAGAGAAGAAGAGAGAGAGAGAAUGAGCAGUUGGAAGAGUCUUCUUCUUCGAAUUGGCGAAAAGUCUUCCGACUAUGGCACCUCCGACGACGUCAAAGAACACAUUGAAACUUGCUAUGGCGUGCUUCGUCGAGAAUUGGAGCACUCUCCCGACGACGUUUCGCAAUUCCUUAUCCAGUGUGCUGAACAGUUGCCUCACAAGAGUCCUUUAUAUGGAACAGUGAUUGGCUUGUUAAAUUUGGAGAACGAGGAAUUUAUUAGGAAAGUAGUGGAGAACACUCAAACUAAUUUUCAGGAUGCUUUAGCUUCCGGAAAUUGUAACAAGAUUCGUAUUUUGAUGAGGUUCCUGACUGUUAUGAUGUGCAGUAAAGUUAUCCAUCCCAGUUCUCUUGUAGUUGUGUUCGAAACAUUGUUAUCAUCAGCUGCAACAACAGUUGAUGAGGAGAAAGGCAAUCCAUCCUGGCAAUCACGAGCUGACUUUUACAUAACAUGCAUUUUAUCUUGUCUCCCUUGGGGAGGAGCGGAACUCAUUGAGCAAGUCCCUGAGGAAAUUGAGAGAGUUAUGGUCGGUGUUGAAGCUUAUUUGAGCAUAAGAAAACAUUCUUCUGACACUGGGUUGUCCUUUUUUGAGGAUGAUGAUGAGAAUGCGAGAGAACCUAGCGAUAAGGAUUUCUUGGAAGAUUUGUGGGGCCGAAUACAAGUUUUAUCUAGCAAUGGAUGGAAACUUGAUAGUGUUCCUAGACCUCACCUAUCAUUUGAAGCACAGCUAGUUGCAGGAAAGUCUCACGAGUUUGGACCCAUCAGCUGUCCUGACCAACCUGCUAUGCCUUCAACAAUGUCUAAUAUAACUUAUGGUAAACAAAAGCAUGAUGCAGAGUUUAUCUAUCCACAAAGGAUACGAAGGCUGAAUAUAUUUCCUGAAAGCAAAACUGAGGAUGUGCAACCCAUGGAUCGCUUCAUCGUGGAAGAGUAUCUGCUAGAUGUGCUAUUUUACUUAAAUGGCUGUCGAAAAGAAUGCGCUUCAUAUAUGGCUGGCCUACCUGUGCCCUUUAGAUAUGAGUAUCUUAUGGCAGAGACAAUUUUCUCCCAGUUGCUUAUGCUACCACAACCCCCUUUCAGGCCAAUAUAUUACACACUAGUUAUUAUCGACCUCUGUAAGGCUCUUCCCGGAGCCUUUCCUGCAGUAGUUGCUGGUGCUGUACGAGCUCUUUUUGACAAAAUAGCUGAUUUAGAUAUGGAAUGUCAAACACGACUCAUCCUUUGGUUUUCACACCACUUGUAAGUUCCAGCAUAAGCAGUACCAUUUUUAAGUGAUGAAUAUUUCAAAUAUCCUUUCUAACUUGCCAUUUUGCAACCUUGCUACAUUACCUUGU